AUGGGCAAUAUGUAUGACAAAUGUGCUGAAGAGCGAAACAUGACUUCAAUCACAUCGGACUUGGAUUCAAAAUUUACAUUGGUUGUAAUGGUAUUUCUGGGAAUUCUUAUGGGUUUGAUAGCUCUUAUUACAGUGCUUGGAAAUGGCUUGGUCAUCCUGGCUUUUUUGGUGAACAAAGAUCUUCGGCAUCGGAGUAAUUAUUUAUUUCUUAAUCUUGCUAUUUCAGACUUUUUAGUGGGUGCAUUCUGUAUCCCCCUGUAUAUCCCUUACAUCCUGAGAGGCAAGUGGAUGUUUGGAAGACUUCUUUGCAAACUCUGGCUAGUUGUAGACUAUCUUAUGUGCACAGCUUCAGCCUUUAGCAUCGUCCUUAUCAGCUAUGAUCGGUUCCUGUCAGUUACUAAAGCUGUGACAUAUAGGAUUCAACAGGGAACGAUGUCAACGACUAUUGUUAAGAUGGUGGCAGUCUGGGUCUUUGCAUUCUUAAUCUAUGGCCCUGCAAUCCUCAUUUGGGAACAUGUGGUCGGCAAGAGCAUCGUACCCGAUGGAGAAUGCCAUGCUGAAUUCUACUACAACUGGUACUUUCUCCUGUGUGCCUCAACCUUUGAGUUCUUCACACCUUGUAUCUCUGUGGCCUAUUUCAACAUGCACAUCUACCGGGAUAUACAAAAACGCAAGAGAAACAGGCUCCAGAGCACAGUCAGCAUCCGCAAACAGGUGUCUGUACCUCCAACAGGAAACAGUGUCUUGAUGGCUGACCAUUGCUCUUUGAAGGAAGAAGUUUCUUCUCCUGAUUCAGAAACAGAGGAGAGUCUUUCUACUACUUCCAGGACACAGGUGCAGUCACAGGUGACUGACAGUUCACAUCAGUCCAGAGGCUAUUCCAUAGCCCCUGACAAUGAGCAGUCAGUAGCCCUCAGACAGAAGACCAGGUCAAAAUUGAACAGGGACAAAAAAAUUGCUAAGUCACUUGCCAUAAUUGUCUGUGUCUUUGCCAUUUGCUGGGCACCAUAUUCAUUACUUAUGAUAAUUCACGGAGCCUGCUGUGGAGAGUGUGUCAACAAAUUCUUGUAUGAUAUAACAUUUUGGCUUUUGUGGCUUAAUUCCUCUGUAAAUCCUUUCCUCUACCCUCUCUGCCAUGUUAGGUUUCGGAAGGCUUUCAUGAAAAUAUUGUGCCCAAAAAGGUUUGUGAUAUAG